GAAAUAAGGAUUUUAAACAGAGAUCGGGAUUUGAUCGAAGUCGUCUUUAGUUUUGUACUCUGUCCUACUUUGGACCUCUAAUAAAUAUUCUCUCUCUCUCUCUCUCUCUCUCUCUCUCUCUCUCUAGAUGGUGUUUGUGAUUUGAAAAUAUUCAAAUAUUUAAAUAUAUGAGCAAAAAAAGACAGGAGGAGAAGGAGGUGUUUGUGUUUUAAUUUAAUAGUCUUUUUUUUUGAGGAAGAGAAGUGAGCAGUUUGUAUUUGUUUCUGCAAGAUCUCUCAACAGCUCUCCCAGCUUUAUUAGGUUCUUCUUCAUCACAUAACAAAACAUUUUUUGGCGUCCUUGUCGUGUCUGCUGGGCAAGUAAAGUUCCAAGUUGUGUUUCUCAAUGGAUGCAUCAUUUCUCAAAGUCAACUGCUAAAAACCCAACAAGGGGAGAGGGAGAAGCAUUUAAUGAUAGUUCUGCCUCUAGAAACCACUCAGAUUUGAUAUGUCGUGAGGAAACUUCAUUCCUUUGUGAUUCUGUUAGAUGCAAACUGUCUCCUGAUCUGUCUGACACUUGAGAGUUUCAGAUGAGGUCAAAUUAAAACCCAAAGGGACAACAAAGCUUUGAUUUGUAUUCGAAUGGGAACGAUGGCAGAAUUAGGAAGCAUGGGAAAGUUUGAAGAGCAGCAACAGGCUAAACAGAUAGUCUUAUACAGAGAAUCAGCUGAAGAAUGGCUAUCCCACGUCCAUUCUCUCAUCCCAUCAGUCCUCCAAAAAGCCAAAACGGUUCCCAAUUUCACAGGAAGAUGGAAGACCAUCAUCUCCAAGAUCCAACAGAUCCCAGGCUGUUUAUCCGACCUCUCAAGCCACCCUUGUUUCUCCAAGAACAAGCUCUGCAACGAGCAGUUGCAAUCCGUGGCUAAAACACUCAACGAAGCCAUGGAGCUCGCGGAGUUGUGUUCAGCUGACGAAUACGAAGGGAAGCUGCGUAUGCAGAGCGAUCUCGAUGCUUUGUCUGGAAAACUGGAUUUGAAUCUAAGAGACUGCAUGGUUUUGAUCAAGACGGGAGUUCUAGGCGAAGCUACGUUGCCUCUAUACAUCUCAAGCUCAUCGGAAACACCCAAAAUGUCAAGUCUAAAGGAACUCUUGGCGAGGCUUCAGAUAGGUCACUUGGAAUCAAAACACAACGCACUCGAAAACCUGAUUCGGGUGAUGGAAGAAGACGAGAAGAUGGUGAUGCCUUUGAUGGGAAGGGGCAACGUAGCAGCUUUGGUUCAGCUGUUAACAGGUUGUACAAGAAUCAGAGAAAAGGCGGUGACUCUGAUCAGCGUACUAGCGGAAUCAGGACACUGCGACGAAUGGCUCGUCUCCGAAGGCGUGCUGCCUCCUCUGGUGAGGCUAGUCGAAUCAGGAAGCCUCGAAGCCAAGGAGAAAGCUGCGAUCGCGAUCCAGAGACUGUCGAUAACAGAGGAAAACGCGCGGGAAAUCGCAGGGCAGGGAGGAAUCAGGCCGCUGAUCGAGCUCUGCAAAACGGGGGACUCGGUGUCGCAAGCCGCUUCAGCAGCUGCGCUGAAGAACGUAUCGGGAGUAGCGGAGCUGAGGCAGUUGCUGGGGGAAGAAGGGAUGGUGAGAGUGUCGAUAGAUCUUCUAAACAACGGGAUACUGUUGGGAUGCAGAGAACACAUGGCUCAGUGUUUGCAGAAUCUCUCUGCAGCGAGCGAAUCUCUACGCGAAGAAAUUGUUUCGGAAGGCGGAGUCCCGAGCCUCUUGGCUUAUAUCGACGGCCCUCUGCCGCAAGAACCGGCGGUUACCGCGCUGAGAAAUCUAAUCCCGUCGGUAAAUACAGAGACGUGGGCGGCUCUCAACUUGCUUCCACGAUUAGCGCACGUGCUAAUGUCAGGCUCUUUAGGCGCGCAACAAGCAGCGGCGUCUGCGAUCUGUCGAUUCGGUAGCUCACCGGAGGCGAAGAGACUAGUGGGAGAAUCAGGGUGCGUUCCGGCGAUGGUGAAGCUUCUGGAAUCGAAAUCAAACGGGUGUAGAGAAGCGGCGGCUCAAGCGAUUGCCGGACUGGUGACGGAGGGCAGAGUAAGAAGGGAGCUGAGGAAAGAGGGGAAGAGCGUGACGAACCUGGUGAUGCUGCUGGAUUCGAACCCUGGAAACACGGCCAAGAAGUACGCCGUGGCGGGGCUAUUGGGAUUGGCCGGGAGCGAGAAGAGUAAGAAAGUGAUGGUCUCGUACGGAGCUAUCGGUUAUCUGAAGAAGCUCUCGGAAAUGGAAGUGAUGGGCGCUGAUAAACUUCUCGAGAAGCUUGACAGAGGAAAGCUCAGAAGCUUCUUUCACCGCCGGUAAAACACACAUACGAGGUUUAAAAGGGUGUUGUAACAUGUUUUAUAUUUAACCGUUUUAAGUAUGUCUUGGAACGCUAUCAAAAAGCCCGUUGGGCUUUAACUCUCUUAAGCUGAUAAAUAUAUUCGGCUAUCUAUUAA